CCAGGUCUUCAUAGCAAACACAGACUGGAAUACAAUUGUUUACAACGUACUUACACCAGCCAUUACAGCAAGAUAUGUGCAAAUUUACCCAACAAAGGAAUAUUACUCGUCUGGCUACCUGGCCUUGAGGAUGGAGCUUUACGAAUGUAAAGGAGAUGAAGGGGUGUGCUCGUAUGCACUUGGGAUGGAAAGUAGAAUGAUUAAAGACAAACAGAUUACAGCUUCAACUACAUACUCAAAGUAUUCACCAUCAUGGGGAAGACUGAACUCUGGAAACGGGGGAUGGUGGGCUGUUGGUGGCGACAAAAACCCAUGGCUUCAGAUCGAUUUGCUUGAGAUAAAAAUGAUUAACGGAAUUGCCACACAGGGAAACUGGAACCACUUUGCGAAAGAAUACCAUCUUGAAUACAGAAAUGCCACUAAAAAUGACCUCAUUAAGUACACAACGAACAAAGUGAAAGUAUUCCAAGCAAAUUCUGACGGUUCCAGCAUUGUCUACAAUGCCAUUGAUCCUCCAAUAAUCGCCCAGAUAGUUCGUAUUGUACCAAAGUAUGAAGAUCAUAUGACUAUGAGGGCUGAGCUAUAUGGAUGUCCAUAUAUGGGAUCCUAUGAUGGAUCAAAGUAGCACGUGAUCAAAACUGUGAAUACAGUCGAUGUCAGCAUCGCGCAUGCUCGUAUCACGAAAUUACCAGAUUAAAGCAACCAGACAUUAAGAACGUGGAUGAGCGUCUUUUAAUCUCCUUGGUCAUCUUUGACUAGGUCUACAAUUAACUGAACUUUGAGCUGGACAUUACAUCAUUCUUGUAUACAUUAUAUUUCUCUAAAGUUGUAAGGUUCUGGAAAACACGACUACUUCUGAAAACACUUAAUGACAAUUACUUUUUUGGAGAUUCCUCGAUCCAUGUGCAAAACACUUCGAUAAGUAUACUUUAAGCAUCAGUGGACUAAAAAAUUUUAAAUUAGGCAGACAUGCAUGGUACGUUGCUACUCUAAAUCUGUAUCUGUUGUUUACAUAACAUUUUAGGUCGAACUUAUUUGAAUCUCACGGAAUUUUCCAUAUUUUUAAUAGGCGCUUUUAGAGCGUUGAGUCGGGCUAGCUACUUUUGAAAAUUGAGAAAAACAGGAUAUUACAUGGUAGUGUAGUUGCGCUGAUACGCGAACGAGUGAAAGAUUUCAACACAAGAAGAUUCUUAUUUCCAAGCAAAUGUGUAACUGAUUCUGUCUUGAUAUGGUUAUUGUAUGAAAGUAAAUUGUGACGUAGAAUAACUUUUUUUCUUCUAAUAAUGUGGUAGCAAGAAUGCAUUACCACUUUUUAGUAAUGAAUUAAUGUACUGUUCAAAAUUCUAAAUGUUUGUUCACGCAGCGCCAGAUAUUCUUUUCUGAUGACUUGGCGCAACGACGUCAAAAACACUAGAAAUAUCGAACCAGGAGUAUUUCUGUCUGGCUAGCCUGACUUCACGCUCUAAGAGAGUCUAGUUCUAGAAGGCACAAAUCUAAAUGCAACUCCAGAAUUCAAGAGUGAGAGUUCAUUAGAACAAUUCGUCCGCAUCAAUAAACCACUGGGUUAAUCUAAAUAUAAUGCUCUAGGAAAUGUGGUUCAUUCUGUAUUUUGAACAUCAUUCUUUAGUUGAAAGAGUUGUUUUUCAUAUCAAUUGGCAAAUUUAACAAUAUUUAAUACAAGCAAUAAAUUUUAAAUGUAGUAAAUCCCAUGAAAAAUUGUUGUUUGAUAAAAAAGGCGAACGGCGAUGAUUUCAUUACCGAAAGUAGCCAUGGGGUUUGCUUAUGUAAGGGGAAUAACAGCUUUAUACAGUAAGAUAGUCUGUGGUAAAAAUUUGGCUCCAUUUAGUCCCCAUGUUCUAUGCAAGGUGAGUCCAAUUAACAAUGCAAAGCGUAACCAUAAUCAUCCCUUUCAACAAAACGCUACUUGUAUAUGGCACUAGCAUGAUAGAGAGUUUUUACUGCAAACGUCAAAUUGGCAAGUUUAUGUUUUAUCUCGAAAUUUCAAACAAACGUCAAAACGCUUCGACAGGAAUAGUGAUACACUUAUGUACGAAAGAAGAGAUCCAGUCUAUUUUAUACACAAUCGCGAAAGAACAGAGCGUUAACACAGAAAAACAGUGAUCAAGUGAUCAAUUUUGACGUUUGGCUUCGUCGUUAACACAUAUCUACCCUGGGAACCAGAAGCUGGAUUUACUCGUUCUUGUAGUUUAUAUACUGCGCGAAGCGCCGUCCUUGAGGCCGAAUAUAAACUACAAGAACGAGUAAAUCCAGCCUCUGGUUCCCAGGGUAACACAUAUCUAAAACUCACCAAUAAUUAUUAUAUAUUGAUAAUGUCUUCGCAUCGAGACGUUUGCGGUGUAUUCAGUCUCAUCACUGAAUGAUCAUAUAGAAAUAAAGAAAAGGUCAUUCCGGGAGAAAAACACUUCAAUCAAAAUAAAUUCAGAAAAACA